GGUUGGACCAAAUUUUACGAGUUCUCUUUUGUGGAUAUCCGAGCCGCUGCAAACGUCAUUGAUCGUCUGUUUGCUCCAUCGGCAUCCUCAUCGGCCGUGAGUUCAGGCAUCUGGAAGUCUAUUAAGGGCCUCCUAAACAACGCCAUCUACGGCGGUCGGAUGGACAACCCCUUUGAUGUCAAGGUUUUGGAGACUUUUCUUGACCAAAUAUUUAACGAGACAACCAUUCGAACUCGCCAGCUCGGUUCGUUCACGCUCCCUGGCACUACCAACGUCCGGGCUAAGAAGGUUAACCCUAAUGGCAGUGAUCUUCCAGGCCCGGUUCCAUAG